AUGCGUAGAGGAGAUUCCGACGAAUCUUUAUCGUAUCAAAGUCGUGCUGAUGAUCGAUUUUUCGUUAUUUCUACUGCAGUACUACCAUUUCUUGCUCAAGCAGCCUACAUAUUUGAUGUUUUUUAUUACCAUACUCAUAGUAGUCAUGCCUCAACUGGUUACGGAGGUUUAUUAUCAUCUAUUUUAAGUGUAUUUUUCUAUUUACAAUAUUGUGUACCACUUCGAUCACGUUAUGUAUGUUUUUUUUAUCAUUGCUCAUUAUGGAUAUUAUCUGAAGUUGGAACAAUUGGUCAUGUAAUAUUCUAUACGAAAGAAAGUGGUACAUUACAUGUAGUUUUAUAUAUUUUAUGGGGAUUAAUCGAUUCAAUCUAUUUUGCAUGUCUUAUUUAUUGUCGUGUAUUUUCGAAACAUUAUGGUCUACGCGUACAUAUGCCAAUUAAACAAGAACAUUUGUUUAGUUUUAUAUCACGUUUGGAACUUAUUCUUGCCAUAUUUAUACCAAUAUUUUUGGAUUCACAUCAUAUAAAAUUAACAAGAGAUAAUAUUGCUUUUUAUAUAUUAUUUGAUUUUUUUGCUGAAUCAUAUAGUCGUUUUGCUGGUGUUAGAAUGAAAACUAUACUAUAUAUAUUUGUCGUUACGGUAACAGCAUCUGUUACAACAGAAUGGAUACACAUUGCAAAACAUGAAAAAAUAUUUGAUAUAGCAUCAUUAAUAUGUGAACUUGUUGCUGCUUGUUUCUGUUAUUCAUUAAUUGUUAUGCAAUUUUUUCCAUCGAAUUUUAAAUCCAAAAAAAGACGAAAAUGCAAACGAUCAAGAAAACUUUUACCAAGAUCAUCAAUUAACACUAUACAACUAUCUGACAAUCAUACUGAUGAUCAAACUUCUACUGAUACUAAUUCAGAAAAUGUUUCGUAUUUUUAA